UCUCACUUUCUCCCAUCUCCAUUCUCUUCUCACUUUUCCAUUCUCGUCUCUUUUUCCUGUCUAGUUGUCGAGGGAUCAAGGUUCUCAGAGGCAAAUAUUUCUGUGGGAUUUUCUGCUCUGCUGCAUCUUGACAUCAAUCCUGUAGCCAGACUACUGUCAGCAGUGGAAAUUAUUCAAAGAAAAACUUGCUACUGGUUUUUUAUUAAACAGAGAAAGAGUGAAAAAGCAAAGAAAAGUCAAAAAUGUAAUGAACAUGUACAUUACCUAGGGCCAGUUGGAUAUGCGGCAAAGAGGACUAAGUGGUCUGUUGAUGACCCCAUCAAAUCUUUUACUGAUUCCGAAUCAGUUAACCCGUCAAAUUUAUCGAAUGAGCGUACUGGGCGUAGUUAUGAUUGGGUGAGAGCACGUUCAAAACCAAAGGAGGAUGGAGGUUAUUACAUUCCAAAUGACAAGACAAAGGAGGUGUUUGAGAAAAUGGAGGAGUUGCAGAGGCAAGUAUCAGAUGGGUCAUGGACUCCAAAAGGCCACGAUGACGUAUUGACCCGUGCACUUGGCAGUAAAGAGCAUGGAGGACGUGUCAGAGGGGUCGGUGGUGGAGCCAAACUUAAGGAUGUAUUUGGAUCGGGAAAAAGCAAACAUAGUGGCGUUGUUUCGGUGGAUGAGUUGGCCACGAUUACACAAGAAAUCACUAAGAAAGUUCAGAAGGAGUGCGAGGAGAGGAUGAAUGAAAUGGUGAGGAAGAAUGAAAUGGUGAAUUUAAAGCUAGAAAGUAUAUUUAAUCAGUUGAACCAGAUGGGUGUGAAAAUCCCUGAUGCUCAUUUUGUAAAUGAUGUUGGUACACCGAACAAUGAAAAUGUUCGAAGCAGUUGCCAGUCGGUAUAUCGGGAAGAUCAUUUCACAAAUGUCAAGAAUCCAACACUUUGUUGUCUUUGGGUGAUACACGUAGAGAAAGGAAGAGUUGUUGUGGCAAGGGGGACUGUAUUUCCAUCAAAUAGUCAGGGUGUUAAUAUGAUUCAUAAUAUUCCGAUGGCAUCACACAAUGUUAGAGUAUCAAUUGAUGAAGUUGUACCUGAAUAUCAACUUACUCCACUUCCUGUGUCAUGUGAUGAACAUGAUAAUAUAGGAAAUGCAACGGGCAGUUUUGUUCAAUGGCCAAAGGACCUUGUGACAUUAGGGCAGGAUCCUAUAUCAUUGGAGAAGAAAAAAAGUCAUAAGAUGACACCAAAAGCAAAAGUACAUGACUCAGAAAAGGUUGAAAGUAAAGGGUCUGUGACUCCCGUGAAGAAAAACCGGCCAGUAAUUGUUGAUGACAUAAGUUUAAGUGAGCAUUGUGCAGGUUUAAGUUUCUUGCUCAAAAAGAGGCCCCCUAAUAAAAAAGGUGAUGUCUUUACGUUUGAAGAAAAUGGAGAAGAUCCGAUACACAUUACACCCGAAGAUGUUGAUCAGUUUUUGAAAAUGAGAUGGUUAAAUACUCCCAUAAUUGAAAUUUUUCUGAAGUACGUUAGCACGUUGUGUAAACAGUUGAAGGAUGAUACAUUUGCAUUCAUGUUGCCAUCCAGAUUAGCCAUGCCACAUAAAUGUCACCAGCAACGACAAGAUGAAGCAAUAGACUAUUUGUCAGAUUUUUUGGUUGCCAAUAGAAAUAAGCGUUAUAUUUUGGCACCGUACAUCCAAGAGGACCACUGGAUGUUGCUCCUUUUUUGUCUCCAUGAAAGUGCUAUCUACGUGUUUGAUCCAUUGAAAAAAGAUAGGACAAUACGGUUAAAAACACCUGCAAGAAUGGCAUUUAAAUUAUACGUAUCUCAAGGUGGACAGAGGAAUAACAAAAAAGAAUUUCUUUGGCAUCACACCGAGGUUAAGUGUCCGCAACAAGGAGAUAUGGAUUCUGGUUUUUUUGUUAUGAGAUACAUGUAUGAUAUAGUCAUGCUUUCUCAGAAACAACCCGACAUGAACUGGAAAGUGGGUCUUGGUUCAAGAAACUAUACAAGAAAGGAAAUCAAUGAGGUUCGAGAAUUGUGGGCAAAAUUUUUCUCUUUAGAAUGUCUGUAAUAAGGUAAUCUUGUCAUCGGCCUUGUCGUUUGAAGUCCUAACAGUUCAAGCAUUUAAGUUCUUGCCUGCUGCAGUACUGUGAUAUACAAUCACUGGUCCUUGAAGAUCUUGAACUUCUUGCUAGAGACAGUGUGUUUGGAUUCAUUUGUAACAAUCUGAUAUCAUGAAGUUUUUUUUGUGGCAUUUAAUGUGUAAUGUUUCUUUCAAGUGUAAACUAGGACAUAAUUAAUUCUUGAUAUAAUUGUUUAAGUUGUUUUGGGAUUUAA